GCAGCUCUGAAUGUCAUUUUUGUAAACUUCUCAUCGUUUUUCUCUGCUUGUAUUUUAAGUUUAAUAAUUAUUAUCGCAUCGCAGUUUUCCAAACGUUUAGCUCAGUUAAAUAAAAAGCAUAUUUUUGUACCAAGCAAUGUCUGACGAAAGAAAAAGAAAAUGGAAUAAAGACCAUUUAUCUGUAGACAAGCGAGCGAAGGUAAAGUACACCCUGUCGGAAGAUGAAGAUCUGGAAAGCAAACCAAAGGUGGUGCUUCCGGAUCCAUCCGUGCUGAAGCGAUCUAAGCAGUGUCCGUAUUUGGACACCAUUAACCGACAUCUGCUGGAUUUCGAUUUCGAGAAGCUGUGCUCGGUUUCGCUGACACGGAUCAACGUUUACGCCUGUUUAGUAUGUGGAAAGUACUUCCAAGGUAGGGGAACAAAUACUCAUGCGUACACACACUCCGUGGCCGAAUCGCAUCAUGUAUUCUUGAACUUAUCUACGUUGAAAUUUUAUUGCCUACCGGACAAUUACGAGAUUAUCGAUUCCUCUCUGGAUGAUAUCAAAUACGUGUUGACUCCGGUUUUCACGAUGAGAGAUAUAAGAAAUCUGGACAAGGAGGAUCAGAAAAUGUCCCGGACUGUAGACGGAACGCUUUAUUCGCCGGGAAUUGUGGGAAUGAAUAACAUCAAAGCGAACGAUUACUGUAACGUAAUCCUGCAAUCGUUGUCCCAUGUAAAACCGAUUCGAGAUUUUUUCUUGAUUGAGAAAAAUUACGCCAAUAUCAAGCGACCUCCAGGAGACACUGCAUUUACGCUGGUACAACGUUUCGGUGAGUUGCUGAGAAAACUAUGGAAUCCUCGAAAUUUCAAAUCGCACGUAUCACCUCACGAAAUGCUACAAGCUGUUGUUUUGUGGAGCAGCAAAAAGUUUCAGAUAACCGAACAAGGUGAUCCUAUCGAGUUCCUAUCUUGGUUUCUGCAUAGCUUGCACAAGCAGUUGCGAGGCAACAAACAACCGAAUUCGUCCGUUAUCAAUCGCACCUUUCUAGGUGAGAUGAAAAUUUAUACCCGAAAGCUUCCCCCGACAGAGCUAGACGAUGUUCAGAAGCAGCUACUGUUGGCCACGGACGAGUACCAAGAGAAGGAGGAAACAUCCACUUUUCUGUACUUGACGUGUGACUUACCUGCUACGCCACUAUUUAUAGAUGAGUUCAGAGAGAACAUCAUACCGCAGGUCAAUUUGUAUCAAUUGCUGGCAAAGUUCAAUUCGGUUUCGGAAAAGGAGUACAAAACGUAUAAAGAUAAUUUCCUGAAGAGAUUUGAAAUUACCCGUCUGCCAAAAUUUGUUAUUCUGUACAUCAAGCGGUUUACCAAAAAUACUUUUUUCCUGGAAAAGAAUCCGACGAUUGUUAAUUUUCCGGUUAAAAAUGUCGAUUUUGGUGAUAUACUUACUGAGCAGAAUAAAAGGCUUCACAAGCACACCAAGUACAAUCUGGUGGCUAACAUCGUACACGAUGGUGAACCCAAGUCCGGCACGUAUCGUUGUCACAUUAUGCAGAAAAGUACAAACCAGUGGUACGAAAUGCAGGAUCUGCACGUAACCAGUAUUCUGCCACAGAUGAUUACGCUAACGGAGGCGUACAUCCAAAUCUAUGAACAGCAGGAUGGAGACGAAGCGGAAGGUUGACUUCAGCAGCUAGGAGCAAUGUCGUCGGUCAUGUUGGUUAGGUAAUUAUUAAUUUAUCUACUGAUAGAUUUUUACUAGUUUUUUUUAACUGUUUUCUAUGCUAGAGUUAAUUUUCCUACAAUAAACUAGCGAGCUGCUGUUAUACAGUUA